GUGCGCAGGCAUCACGUUUCAUCAACCAGGUCAAACUGGUUAACACUACUUCGCUAUAGGAGCGCCGACGAUAUAACACAGAGAAGGUCUAAUUACCGGACUUUGUGCUGGUGCAGACUACACGUGAGUCGGAAGCUGUUCCCUACCGGAGGCGCGCGUGCGCUCUCACCACAGCACCGACGGCUUUGCAAAGUGGCAGCUCAGGGAACUAUAGACAUCAGUCUGAAGCGCAGCUCCACUGGAGGACACGCACUGUGCAUCAUCUCCCUCAGCCAGCCGUGCCUGUGUGGCUCGUGGAAUAAACAAACAUUCCCCGAAGAAGCUCAGGAGCGAAUAACCAGCAGCAGAGAAGUGAUGGAUGAAAGAAUACCGCAUUUACAGGACAGGCAGUUUAUGGAGCACGCAGAUUUCUUGGGGGUGGACUACCCCUCUCUCUACAUGUGCAAAUCCAAAAGAGGAAUCAAACGAGAAGAUGGUGGGAAGGACGCAUACAAGUUACCCCACCGGUUGAUAGAGAAGAAGAGAAGAGACCGAAUCAACGAAUGUAUUGGCCAGCUGAAGGAUUUGUUACCCGAACAUCUGAAGCUAUCGACGCUCGGGCAUUUGGAGAAAGCGGUUGUCCUGGAGUUAACAUUGAAGCAUUUAAACGCACUGACUGCUGUCACCGAGCAGCAGCACCAAAAGAUUAUUGCUUUGCAGAAUGGGGACCGGUCGAUGAAAUCUUCCAUUCAUGCAGAUCUGGACGCGUUCCACUCUGGGUUCCAGGCCUGUGCCAAAGAGGUCCUGCAGUACCUGAGCCAAUUUGAGAACUGGACGACACGAGAGCAGAGGUGCGCGCAGCUCAUCAACCACCUUCACAAGGUGCUGGCGCAGUUCCAGCCCGGCGCGCUGCCGCUCCAGCACCAGCUACCCACCGGGGACGCACAGGAUGGGCAGAAAACCGACAGCCAAGCCAACUGUGUCCCGGUCAUCCAGAGGACCCAAGGCGGGGAGCUUAACGAGAAUGACACAGACACGGACAGUGGAUACGGGGGCGAGGCUGAAAAGAGCGAUGGCAAAGAGAAAGAAUGUGAGCGCAAUACGACGCAGGGACCCAAGGCAGUGAAGAUCAAGCAGGAGUUUGGAGAUGAACGCGCUGCCAAAAAACCAAAGAUGAACUGGUCGGGGAACGGGUUAGGGGGCGCGGACCCCACCAGGCCUGAUGUGGCGCUUAUGAACUCUCUGAUGGGAAUAACCAGUGUGGGACAGCAGACACCCAUUUGCAUGCCUUUCUACUUCAUCAACCCCUCAGCCGCAGCGUCUUAUAUGCCUUUUUUCGAUAAGAGCAACAUUGAAAAGUACAUGUACCCAGCUGCGGCCGCUCUUGCAUCCCCUUUCCCCUGGUUAUACCCCGCACACGCGUCAGCAGCGGCGGCCGCGGCUGCAGCUGCCGCUUUCCCCGGUUUGUCUGCGCACUUUGGAGCCUCUGCUCAGCCCAAGGACUCCCUCUCUCCAGACAGCGACGGGUCACGCGAGGCUGAGACAGGCUCACCUGAGGAGCGCGAGGAAAGUCCCGCGAGUGACGACGGUAACGAUGACGUAGCUGACAUGUCCCAGGAGGGCAAGAAUAGUCCACACAAUCAGUUCUCUGCUUGUCCAACGAGCUAACGUGUCUGUGUUACCUUUCCGUGCAUUCUGCUGAGGAGUUUAUGUAUUUUUUUUUUUUUUUAAAUUAGGCUAGUUUUAAAACGAGGUUUCACAGAAGAGUUUCUCAUGUAUAAUAACAUCUUGGCGAAACGGGGCAGUUGUGACGGCGUGUGCCUUUUGCACUUAUGCUAGAUUAAUCAAUCUGAAUGAUUAUCGACAAUGAUUGACACUAAUACACGGCUGUGUUGUGCUGGAGAUAGUUUUUUAUCCUCUUUGAUAAAAUAUUUUCAAACGGCAGCAUUGGUGCCAAAACUUUGAGUACUACAACAGUGCGCAAUAUCCCAAUCAGCGAGUCUCUCUGGAUGUAUGAAGCUGCAACUGACCUCUGCCAAGGUUAUUAACAGCUUGGCUGACUCUGACUGUAAAUAUUAUUACCUGGAAGAUUCAUUACUAUGUAGAUGUGCACUAAAUGGGCCUAUAAAAGAAGUGCUCCUGGGAGUGUACACCUACAGUACCUCAUCCCCAACUUUGACUGGGGUAAGCUUAUUGGGAGGCACAUUAACCUACUGUCCCUCCUGAGAGGAAAUAAAUUGUACCCCCCACCCCUACC